UGGCAACGGACAACAAACAUUUCUAAAUGUCGCCUCGUUGUAAAAUGUAUGAGUAAUCUAGCAAAAAUAUAAAUCGUAUUGUCAGUUUUGUACCGAUUAGCUUCACUUUUUUCAGAUUUGCUAACUUGAUAACUCAUUGUACGUUGCCACCAAUAACCGAACACCAUGAGACUGGGAUCCAGCUCCACAAACUCCAGGAACAGCACCGACACCCGGCGGUAUCGCACCCGGGCCCCCACCUCUCAGGUGGAUGAAUCCCUCUUUGCGAGCCCCAACACGGUAGACGUGAGGCGUGGAAACUCCUCCAAGUCUACAAAGAGUCCGCCUCAGAAACACCAGGAAGGAGCGACGGUUCAAAUUGUCACCAAAGACCUCAUCCGCAACAUCAGGAUCCCAUUCAAGGACCCUUCAGGAGAAUCCGUCAUUUUACCAUCGGCUGACUUUAAGCGGAUCACCUCAGAGUCCCGGGUUCUGACCAAGGAGGAGCGGGCGGCCCUGAAGGAGGCGCACCAGAAGAAAAAAGAUGAGGAAAUUAAAAAUGCGGAGGACAGGAAGCGUCAGAUCUUUGAGGCGGACCUGUCCCGGCAGGAGAACCAGGCGCUGACGGAGCUGGAGCUGGAGGCCCGCGACCGAGCGCAGCACCUGGUGAAGAGAGCCAACAACCUGAGGUUGGAGCAGGAGGACGAGAUCCGGAAACUCAACAAGCUGAUCCUGGGUGCUCAGUGUCAGGCCACACGUGACGUGCAGAUGGAGGAGAAAAAGCAGAUCCAGAGCGAGCUGACGGAGGAGGAGCAGCGCCUGGACGCGAUGAUGGAGGUAGACCGCCGCCGGGCGCUGGACACCGUGGAUCAGAUCGACAAGCUGCGCAAACAGAAGAGGAUCGAGGGGAUGCAGAAGAUCACCGAGCAGAUCCAAAGACAACAUGAGGAGAAGCAGCUGCAGGACGAGGUGAAGGAGCUGGAGAAGCAGCAGGCCCGGGAGAAGCAGGAGAAAAACAACCUGGAAGACCUGGAGGCUCUGGAGAAGAAGAGGAAGACGCAGGAGUGCCUGCAGGAGGAGAUCAUGCGCAUCAACGCAGAGACCAUGCAGGCCAAGGAGAGGAGGCUGGAGGAGGAGAGACAGGCCGACAUGAGGGACAUGGAGUACUUGAAAAACAAAAUGGAGCGGGCUUCAGAGUAUGAAGCAGAGCAGAAACGCUUGAAGAAGGAGAAGGAGCUGGAGAUUGCUCGGCUGAGGACCCGACAGGAAAAGGCAAAAGACUACAAAGCAGAGCAGGAUGAGCUGCGCGCUCGGAGGAACCAGGAGUUUAAAGACAGAGACUGGAGGAGUAAGCAGAAGGAGCUCGCUGUGAAGAAGGCGCAGGAGGAGGAGAUGCUGAUGGCGGCGCGCACCGAGCAGGUUCGCUGCAAAGAGCACUUCCUGUCCAUCGAGGCCGGCCGCGAGAAGGCAGAGUUUGAGAGGGUGCUGAGCGCGCAACUGCAAGCCAUCGUCAAACUGAAGGAGGAAGAGGAGAAGCGGCGUCAGAAAUCAAGCCGCCACGCAGAGGCCAUCAGGACCCAGGUGAAGGAGCAAGAGCUGUCGGCCGUGGCCAAGCGCAGAGAGCUCUUCAAGGAGAGCGAGCGGCUGAUGGAGGAAGACCGGCAGAGACGCGUCCGCCUCGAGGAGAUCAAGGAGAAGAAGCUGCAGGAGCUCAAGGCUACAGGGCUGUCUGAGAAGUACUGCAGCGAUGUGGAGAGGAAGGCCCGGGCCUGCGCACUCUGAUUCGAAGACAUCUUACAGGGUCUCAUUUAACCAACAUAAACACUCACUAAUGUAACUUGAACAUCAAUAAGAAUAAAAAUGUUUGCACUUUAGAAGCUUCUGACCAGUGGUUUGUAGACAUUUCUAUUUCCUGUCAGACAGACAGACUCCGCGGGACACCGGGUACAAUUUUUUGUUUUUAUUUCGGCUAGUAUUUCCCUUUCAGUCGAGUCAUAUUCUUCCACUUAUCAAUGACAGAUCCCCUUUUUUAUUAAUAUGCAUGACAACAGAAAGGAAUUCAACUUAUGUCAGGGUUAGGAUGACACUUUACACACACACAUACACACAGCUUAAAGCAUGUAAGGAAGUUAAAGUACAUCAAGGUAAAUACAGGCUCUUAUUUCACAGCGUUCCUGAUGGAGAACAGGAAGUAGUGAGACCUAAUCUCUUUUCUUCUGAACCAUCUAAACACACGACCUACAGGAGUGUUCAUGGAUGUAGCUGUCAGCGGGACACACUGCCGCCUGCUGCCUCCUGGUGGUCUUGCAUUAACGGAGGAGGAGGGCAGGACAGGAGUGCGGGUGGAGGACAGAUGGGUGGGGGUGUCCAUCGAAAAGUUUUCACAUCUGUACACGCAGAAAAAAGGGGGAGUGGUGACCGAAGGGGGGAAACACUACAACACCUGGCGUACACGGACCUCAGCAGGAGGAGGCUCCGGGUAAAUACACACACACACACACACACACGGUACGGUUGGGGGGUUCGGUCGCCGUGGUCCCGUCACAUACACAGAUACAGUCUCACACAAGCACUGUACACGGCACAAGAGGUCACCUAAAUACAGGGAACCAACGAAGGAAUGCUAACAUCUAGGGGGGGGGGGGGGGGGGGGGUUACCCAUACAGGCUGAGAGGGGUUAAAAUUCUUAUUUAGACCAAUCAGGUCACACUCUUGCUCACAUACACACACACAUCCACACGGUGACAUACGUCUGUAUGCAUUUAAAACUCCAUAAAGCUACACGCCUGUGCAGAAUAUACUAUCAUUACUUAGUGUUGCUAGCUAUAGCCGACGAAACGGCAAUAUAUGUUCAAAUAUUAUAUGUAACCUUCUUUCCUCAGAAUAUACAAUGAUGAUGCAUUAUACAGACAGACGAGACGAUGGAAGCCGUUCACAUGUUCGGUACGUCAGAGUAAGAGCUUCUCUACAUUAAUUUCUUCACGAGUGCAAAAUCCAAUGCUCCUCCACCUACUUCAAAAGGAUGGUCGCUGAGCUUUAGCAAGUCCACGUCUGCACAAACCAUAAAACAAUACAAAAAACAACAACAUGACAAUAACAUAACACACAAAAAAUAUUCUAAAUAAGUAGUCAUAAAUAUGGAAUGUGAAAAAAACAAACAUGUGGUCCAAUUUCUUUUCAAACAAUACAAAUAAAAGUCCUUCAGUCAAAUGUUUUCUCGCGACGACAGAAUAAUAAAAAAAGAGUCAGAAUCAGAGUGGGCUGCUUGCUGUGGCCCCUGCUGUGAGUAGAGGACCAUGGGAAGCUGGUGAGGAACACAG